GCUUUCUUGUAGGACUCCAGGGAGCGGGGGACAUGUUGGAUAGAGGCUGUGACACUGGAAACAGGGCUGAGGCUGGGGAGGCCGGGGCCGAGCUUUGCCUUCCACAAUUACCAGAGCCUCACACCUUCAUUCUGAGAGUGGGGCCUUUGAGACCAAGCAGAGGAACCUCAAGGGAAGGUGAGAACCUGGGGCCUUCACUUGUGCUUCUGCGAAGAAGUCCAAGGCCUCUUCCUCCCUCCUGAAGAGCUGUCCGUCUCCAUUCUUUCACCGCGGAGGGCCCAGGAAAGAUGACCCAAACCACGGUGACUGUGAAUGGAGCUGAAGUGGCCUCCGCACUCCCCCAGUCCACCCACAUCAACAUCCACAUCCACCACCAAUCAGCUUUGGAGCAGCUGCUGAGAGCCAUAGGCUCCCCAAAGAAGUUUUUCUCCUGCCCUCAGGACACUGGGCCCUCCAAGGCCAGCAUCCACCAUGGACAGCUGGUUCUAGGGGUGACCCAAAUAUUGCUAGGGUUUGUGAGCUGUGUUCUUGGGGUGUGUAUCUACUUCGGGCCCUGGACUGAGCUACGUGCCUCUGGCUGUGCCUUCUGGUCAGGGUCUGUGGCAAUUGUAGCUGGAGCUGGCACCAUUGUCCAUGAGAAGCAACAGGGAAAACUGUCUGGCCAAAUAUCACGUCUGCUCAUCCUGGCUUGCAUUGCUACAGCUGUGGCUGCUACCGUUCUGGGUGUGAACAGCUUAAUCUGGCAGACGAGCGCUUCCUACUAUUUCAAGAUCAGUUCCGCGUGCGACCCCUUACAGUCUAGCAUGGGCAGUGGGUAUGGGAUAAUGCAGUACUCCAGAGACUCAGACUGGAAGAUAGAGAGGUGCAAAUUCUACCUGAACAUGAUGAUGAACUUGUUCCUAGCAUUCUGCAUCAUGCUAACAAUUGUCUGUAUCCUGAAGAUUGUUGUGUCUUUGGCUUCCCUGGGACUGAGUCUCCGAAGUAUGUGUGGCCAGAGUUCCCAGGCCCUGGAUGAGGAAGAGACAGAGAAGAAGCUUCUUGGGGGGGAUUCAACACCUCCCUCCCCAACCAAGGAGAUUCCUGUUAUCCUGUGAGCUGCUGCAAAGCUCCUGCCUGAGCCCACAUGUAUCCCUGAACAGAGGAAUCCAGGGAGACCAGCAACUGUUCCCAGGGCCUCUGCUGGGCCCACAGCACACACCUCCUUCUGUUGUAGCCACUACCCAGCCCUCUUUCUUCCUCUCUCUCCACUGUCCUCACUCCAAUGUCCCAAUGCUAAUUAAACAGAAACAACCAGAGAAAACACCUUC